GUCAGCCAUUUCAGACCGGGGAAGAAACAGUUGUUCUUGCUUCAACAGUGUUUGAACGGAACUUCUACACUCGUCCCUCCUCCUCCUUCUUCUUUCCCUCCACACCAUCUACUUUAAGCUAGUCGCGACGAAAGUCCUAUAUUUUUCUACUCGAACACUAACGACGAAACCGCCGCAGAGCUCUAUUUUUGUACCGUUUUUGCUAAGAAAAAGCAGGGGAGAAGAAAACCCACACACCGGCCAAAAUGGAGUCCCAAGUGCGUCAGAACUACAACCGCGACUGUGAGGCCGCCGUCAACCGGAUGGUAAACAUGGAGCUGUUCGCCUCCUACACCUACACUUCGAUGGCUUUUUACUUCUCCCGUGACGAUGUGGCCCUUCCAGGCUUCUCCCAUUUCUUCAAGGAGAACAGUGAGGAAGAGCGCGAGCAUGCCGACAAGCUGCUGUCCUUCCAGAACAACAGGGGAGGGCGCAUCUUCCUCCAGGACGUCAAGAAACCGGAAAAAGACGAGUGGGGCAGCGGGCUGGAGGCCAUGCAGUGCGCUCUGCAGCUGGAGAAGAACGUCAACCAGGCCCUGCUGGAUCUGCACAAGCUGGCCUCGGACCACGUAGACCCGCAUAUGUGUGACUUCCUGGAGACCCACUACCUGAAUGAGCAGGUGGAGGCCAUCAAGAAGCUGGGCGACUACAUCUCCAACCUCACCCGCAUGGAUGCCAAAAACAACAAGAUGGCCGAGUACCUGUUUGACAAGCACUCCCUUGGGGGCAAAAGCUAAACACGCAAGCCUCAGGGUUUGGCCCGAGUGAGAGUAUUAACAGGGCCUUUGAAUAAACGCACCCGUCUGCUCCAACUGUUAAUUGUCAUAAUGGAAGGAUGAAUGUUGGGUUGGCUUUGCCCUCAUUACCUAUAAGCCUCCUCGUGGCAUUUUUAACACUCCCUGAUCUGUCUAUCUGAAUAAACCUUUUGAGCUGGAA